GGGGGCGGGCCGGGCCGGGGAUGACUCAGCCGCCGGGAGCUGCCCCUUCCGCGGGCACCGAAGGAGAGUGGCACUGGAGAGGGGUGUCCGGGGCCGUGCGGGGCGGUGGAGUGUCCUGUUCUGUAGCCAAGAUGUGGCCGUCCCUGUCCAUCCUGUGUGUCCUGGUGGCCUUUGCCGAUGCUCGCAGCAUUCCUUACUUCCCUCCUCUCUCCAGUGACUUAGUCAACCACAUAAACAAGCUCAACACCACCUGGAAGGCAGGACACAACUUCCACAACACUGACAUGAGCUAUGUGAAGAAGCUCUGUGGCACCUUCCUGGGUGGGCCCAAGCUGCCUGAGAGGGUAGAUUUUGCUGCAGACAUGGAGCUGCCUGAUAACUUUGACUCGCGGACGCAGUGGCCGAACUGCCCUACCAUCAGUGAGAUCAGAGACCAAGGCUCCUGUGGCUCCUGCUGGGCUUUUGGCGCUGUAGAAGCAAUUUCAGACAGAAUCUGUGUUCACACAAAUGCCAAGGUGAGCGUGGAGGUCUCUGCAGAGGACCUGCUGUCGUGCUGCGGCUUCGAAUGCGGCAUGGGGUGCAAUGGUGGUUACCCUGCUGGUGCAUGGAGGUACUGGACAGAGAGGGGCCUUGUGUCUGGGGGUCUCUAUGAUUCCCAUGUAGGCUGCCGUCCUUACUCCAUCCCACCUUGUGAGCACCACGUCAACGGCUCGCGGCCCCCCUGCACCGGGGAGGGAGGGGAGACGCCCAGGUGCAGCCGGCACUGCGAACCUGGUUACUCACCGUCAUACAAGGAGGACAAGCACUAUGGCAUCACAUCCUAUGGUGUCCCUCGAAGUGAGAAGGAAAUCAUGGCUGAGAUCUACAAGAAUGGCCCAGUGGAAGGAGCCUUUAUUGUCUAUGAAGACUUCCUGAUGUACAAGUCUGGGAUCUACCAGCACGUGAGUGGCGAGCAGGUCGGGGGCCAUGCCAUCCGCCUCCUGGGCUGGGGGGUGGAAAACGGCACUCCCUACUGGCUGGCUGCCAACUCCUGGAACACCGACUGGGGCGACAACGGUUUCUUCAAGAUCCUGCGAGGAGAGGACCACUGUGGCAUUGAGUCUGAGGUGGUGGCAGGAGUGCCCAGGACGGAGCAGUACUGGAAGAGGCUGUAACCCACCUUGGUCCUGCCGCACGUAAUCCUGAGCCCCUGAUGCUUCUAACUGAUAGUGGGUCGGGUGCAGAGCUCCCCCUUCCUCAGAGACUAGAGUUGAGGUUACUUUAUUAAAGCUUUUUAUCUUUUGGGUGGUUUUUUUUUUUCCCCCUUUCUUCGUUUUUUUUUUGGUUGGUUGGUUUUAAUGUUGUUGCUUUUUAAUGGUAUGGUGGAGCUAGGAGCAGAGGUGCUCUCUGCAAGCCUCUGCUCCCGGUGAGUCACAGCUCUGGCACAUUUCCCUGCUCAAAGGCUGGCUGGAGAGCUUGCUGGCCUCUUGCCGUGUGCUGCUGGGUUAGCCUGGCCCCCUUCCAGCCUUGGUCUGUUAGUGGGAGGGGAGGAAGCAGUAGCUUUGUGCUGGGAACAGGGACUUGGAGGGAGACCCUGCUGGGAGGCCAUGGCCAGAUGUGAUUUGUGCAGCCGUGGCUGGGUUGAUCUGACUGUUAGCACCCAAAACAAACAGGGUGUGUUAGUGUGUGCCUUGACUUGGCUAAACAUAGACCUACUCAUGACAAAAUACUGACAAACUUGAGGUGGAGCUGGCUCUGGCUGGAGCUGCAUUGAGGCUCUGCUGCCUGCAGCAAGUCCUUUUGUACAUCACUUGCUCUGCUCCAUCCGCCAGGCUGCUGUUUUAAACCACUUUUUGUUCCUCAGCUGUUUAUUUGCUUUUAUUCUGCUGUAGUCUGGGGCUGCUGAUCUUAGAGAAGGGCCUGUCUGGAGCUCCACGAGAUGUCCUGUAAGCAUCUAGGAGCGUGCUGGAGAGAGCAAACCACUUCUCAGCCAGCUCAGGGUGAGCAGCAGCAGGGUCGUGUGUGGUGCAUCCCGAAGUGGUGCGGUGCUUUGGGGCUGGAGGUGCCUGGAUGCUGAGCAGAGAUGGGGGGAUGGGCCCCAAGGUCUGCUGCAGGGAGCUCAUGCAGAUACUUGGAGGCAUCUCACCAACUUCUUUUUUUAACCUUUUUUAUCUUUUUUUUGUGUGUUUUUUUGAGCCACAGGCACUAAGGAAGAAGAUAAACCCCUUUAUUUUUGUUCCUAGGGGGAGGUGUUAAGAGCUGUCUGGGGAGCAAUGGUGUGAUUUGCCAACACUAAUACAGUGGAAGAGCUGGGGUGGGUGGUUUAUUUUUGUGUGUGUGUUUUAAUUAGAGCACAAAGUACAUUGCUGAGGCUACAAGCUUGAAAUGUGUGAUGCAGGCUCUCCUCCCUUGCACUGUAAAACAGCCCCAAACCUCUGCUUACCUGGACACCAGGGAGACAGCCAUGGUGUAUGUGAGUGGAGCAGCCGUGCCAAUAAAUGGUUUCUCCAGUG